AUGGCUCAAAAUACCACUUCAUCGACUUCGAAUAUCACCUCAGAAGAAAGCAAACUGAAGCAAAUCUCCGACCUCAUCGAAAAGCUCCACUGGGUACCAAAAAGCUAUUUCGAGCACUUUCUGAAUGCAAAAUCAGCGGCCUCAAUCUGCAAGCGACGACUCUGGGGAUCACCGGGUCCAGGCUGGGACUCGACAAAGAGGCUAUUGGAAUCAAUCAAGCGCGUUGUACGGAAGUAUAGCGAGGGCAAGCAGCUUUGGGAUGACUUCAUCAUGGAGGAGGCCACUCUUAUCAUUUGCAGGCAGAAACCAACGACUGGGAAAUUUCCGAGAGGCUCGUACUACAGCUCGCACGAUUUGAAUGAGGCCUUUUUCACUCCGGAGGCACGAGCGGAGCGUUCGGAUCAUAUCACAGAUUCGAUGAAAGGAGGAUACCAAUACCAGCUGUGUCAAUCUUCCUCCUUUGGAGCCUCCCCUCCCUUCUCCGGAUGCACCACAUCCACCACCCCUCGAUCCCAGUCCAUCCGAACCACUUGA